AUGAACCCAAUCCUCUCCUGGACCCUCUUCAUUGGUGUCGCUGGAGCAGCCUACGUCGCCGUCUUUGGCAUUCCAAAACCCAAACAAGCGCGUGACGGACAGUCCCAGCAACAGCAACAGGCGCGCUCGCCACAGGCUCAGAAAGCUGCAUUGAGCAAGUCAGGUGCAUCAGGCAAGAAGAAGAAGGAUGCUGCAUCGAAGCAAAAAGGACAACAGCCAGCAGGGAGCGUGCAGCAUGUUGCACAGAAGCAAGUCGAGCAAGUGGCUCAGCAGGCACAACGUGUGAUGAGCAGUAUCAAGGAGACAGUGAACGAGGUGACAGAGGCGGCAGCUUCUACAGUCAAGGAUGCGAGUCAGCAAGGGAAACGAUCAGGCCAGAAGAAAGACAAGAAGCUGGCUGGCGAGGCGGCCAAGUCAGAAUCAAAGUCCAAUGGGAAUGCUACCCAUGCGAAGCAGCAACAGAGCAAGAACAAAGUCAAGACUGCUUCGUGGUAUCAGCCAGAUGCAAAACUUGACACAGAGGAUGAAUCACCUGUACAAGCAGUGAUGAAUGGACGUCCACGAAAGACCUCUACGCCUAUUGGACGUCAGUCAAAUGUCAAGCAAGUCGAAGACAACGAAAGCGCUUGGAAGUCAUCGGGCAAGGCAGAGACACCAGCGGCAGUUCAGUCUUCCGAGCCACACGAAAUAUCUGACGAAGAAGACGACGAAGAGGAACAUAAUUCUACAAUGCUCCAAGGCAAUCGCUUCUUCCCAAUGCUGCCAGACUCCGCCAAGGGACAGCAUCUAGCAGGGCAAGCGUUUGCGAGUAAGAGGAAAGCACACAUUACAGAUGACAUGCUUGAUCCUGAUACGGCCUUUGCUGCCCGUACACUCAAGAUUGUACCUUCUACAAAACAACAAAAGCCUGCCCCUCAAAAGAAGCAGCAGCAACAAGGACAAGGCGAAUUGACAAAGAAGCAACGUCAAAAUCAAGCGAAAAAGGCUAAACUACAAGCAGAGAAGGACGCUGCCAGCGAGGCACAAGAACAAGCUCUGCGGAAACACUUGAAGGAGCGUGAACGAGAGAGGAUUGCAGAAUUGGCUCAACAGGCGCAGAUGAAGGCGCCGAAAUCGAGUAGUGCAUGGCCUGCGAGUGGGGAGGACUGGCAGACGGUGAACAAGAAAAAGGUCGGGGCUGGUCAGAGUGCAUCUGUCGUGGAUGGCAAGCUGAUUUGGGACUAG